GAUCACAAGAUGCUGGCAGAUGAAUCACAAGAUGGCAGGUGGAUCACAAGAUGGUGGCAGAUGAAUCACAAGGUGGCAGGUGGAUCACAAGGUUCUGGCAGGUGGAUCACAAGAUGCUGGCAGGUGGAUCACAAGGUGCUGGCAGGUCUGGAAGUGCGAGAAGUGGGUCUCACGGCAGGACCGCACGGCCUGUGGAGGGCACAACUCGCGGCCCGAGACACUGAGGGCGGUGUGACUGUCUGGUGAGUAGUGUUUACACGCGGCGUGUCCGGUGCUCGUGGUCAGCAGGAAGGGAAGCCUCCCUGAAAAGGAAGCCAUUAACAUUUGCAGUGGUCGCGGAAGUUCCAAGUUCCGGUUUAAUUAUUUUAAUUGUUCACAUUGUUUGUGAGAGGGGAAUCUAUUCAGUUAGCGUUAGCUCUCACGAAAUGGCGUUGCGACUGGCACUACAUCGUCUUGUCUCCAAUUAUGCAAACCCUCUCGUGUCAACAGAGGUCACAGCCUGGAUACCGAGGUCAAAGUGCUUACCGACGUAGUCAAUGCCGUAGUUACAGACAGCGAGGUGCACUUUAAAUAGGUUCAUGGUUUCUCUAUUAAUAUCAUAAGUCGCUGUGACGGCCGCCACUAAUCCCUGCGCCAAGGAGCCCGCGGAAGUGUCGGCGCUAAUCGCCUGUCGCCAUACUUCACCAGACGCUCUUCCUGCAGGCCGGGGCUAGCGUGGACGUCCCAGAGGCUUAGUCUCCCCGUGACGUCACGAGGGGAAGUGUGGCGCCCACAGACAAGCGCAUUAGCAGGUUGUGUUGUUUACAUUAAGAAACCUUUGUGCCCCGCGGUAACGACAGUCGUCGCCAGGGUAUGUGCAGCUGCUCGUCAGCUGACGACUCAGUGAUGCACCAGCUGGGUGUGCAGUGGUCUACCAGCUGACUACAGUAGUCUACCAGCUGACUACAGUAGUCUACCAGCUGACUACAGCAGUCUACCAGCUGACUCUACAGUAGUCUGCCAGCUGAAGGCACAAUAAUCUCACUGUGUGUAGGCUGGCUUCCAUUUCUUGCCUCCUUACCGUCCUUGACAGCUGAAGUUGUCCACCGUCUGGCAUCAGUGAUCUUGUGACGUGGAACCCUGACCUCAGACAGCGUGCCGUCACCUGAUCUGUGUUUGAGCAUCCAUCAUUCUGUCCUUACCGACUUUGACAGCUGACAGCUGUCUACCUCGUGCAUCUGCACCAGAGACCAACGGCGUGGACUGGCGAUAACAUUCACAUGUUGAGUUUCUUCUGUCCAACAAAGUUGUCAACAAUUAAUGUGCAGAGACUAACUAAUCCACUGUUUCGUGAGUGACACCACCUGGAAGUCCAUUCACUGGGCGACAGUGUAUCAGUCAGUCAGAGGCGGGAGUCUGUCCGCUGUGCGGUGUAGCUGUGAUGACAUGUGGCGACUAAAGUCACAUGUUGACUGCAUGUCCAUACACAAGUGUUUGUCUUGUUGUCGUGUUGUUGUUCUGUGCUUCUUGCUCGUCAUCUCCGAGGUCAGAGGUCUACUGGCUGACCCGGAAGACAGGGAAGAGAAUAUACGGAGACAGAAAAGCACUUCUCGACUUCCUACAUAGAUGUGUGUGAGUGUUGGAGAUACAGAGGGCGAGUGACAUGCCUGACAUGACUGUCAUCACCAGGCCUUUAACCUUUCAUGUCACUACUUUGUGAGGGUCACCCGCUCUGCCUGGUGUACACAGGACAAACUGAUCUGAAGCUGUGUUCACUGUUCACACUGAAAUGGGAGAUAUACGGUGGCACUCCCUUUUCCGCCCCCACCAUCCAGAUGACCGAGUAGAUGACCAUGUAGAUGACCCUGUGUAUUGCUCAGCAUCACCGUCUGCUUAUGUCAGGGUCACUGUCAGUCGAUUGAUCGUCGUUCCUCGAGGUCAUCACCCGACAGUAGACGAUGGAGACGCUCGACAACUGGGAUGACGAGUUCGUCAUCAUUUCUGAAGGUGAUGUCAUGGGAGAUACACCACAUUAUCGGGUGACGGAUGUUGCUGAGUUGUUGCAGUCGCGCUUUGUUAUUCUUACUGGUGGGAAAGCUCUAAAUGGAGCACCCAUAGUUACCUUCCCUGAUAGACAAGGUGCGCCGGAUGUAUCUGAUGAAGACUACAAAAAAGUUGUCACGUACCUUUGUAAUCUAGUUCCGUUGCACGAAGCUGAGUCUGGAUUCAUUCUUAUCAUUGACCGCAGACAAGAUGGCUGGGGUGCUGUACGUUCAAUCUUGCUCAAGAUUUCGACAUUCUUCCCAGUUCACAUUCAGGUGGUGUUUCUUCUGCAGCCUCGUGGAUUUUUUCAACGGGCUUUUGCAGACUUGCGUUCAAAGUUUGUAAAGGAGGAGCUGGAGUUUAAGGUUGUCUUAUGUGAUGCUCCUAGUGAAAUGGGGAACUACAUUGACCCGUUGCAGCUGACAACAGACCUGGGAGGCGAACUGGAAUUUGACACACUUGAGUGGACAGAGCAUCGCUCGGCCGUGGAGAAAUUUGCACAGAAUGCUGACAACAUGUCCACAAGCUUCAACAAAGCAGUGAAGCGUUUUCAGGAGCUUGAGCUGCCCAAUGCUGUGCAUGAGGUGGAGGCCAUGGUGCGCUGCUGCCUGGCUGAGCGCAAGGAACUGAUGGAUGAUUUCAACAGCUUCACCACACAUGGCAACACGCUGCUCGGCUGUAUCAAGGGAGACAAUGCCACGACUCCACUGGUCAAAUUGUGUCAUGUUGUGGAGCUGGAGAGGCUGUUGGUGCAACUGGAUGAGACAAAGGGCAAUUUUGAAGAAUUCUGGACGUCACAUGAGCGCAGAAUGAGACAGGCUCUCCAUUUACGGAAGUUUGAAGAUGAUUUUAAACUGGUGCAGUUUGGUCUGGGUGUCCGCAUAGAAACUUUAGAGGAGCAAAUGACAGAGAUGGGAUCCUCUGUGGCUCAAGUGGAAUCACUGGCAAAAGAGUUUGAAAAAAUAGAAGAAGAGUCACAGAAGGACCUGGAGCAAGGGGACAGAAUGCGUUUACGCUGUGACCAGCUGAUGAUGGAGGACCAGUAUGCUGUGGACAGCAUGCGGCCAAAAUGUGUUGAGCUGCAGCGCAUGUGUGAGCAGUACAAAGAACUCCUGCGUCGCCGCAGGCAGAUGCUGACACGUUCACAUGAUCUACAUGACCGGCUAGAACGAGCAAACCGCUGGUGUAGCAGUGGUGUAGAUCUUCUGGCUGGCCAGCCCCUUGAGCGCUGUCAGACAUCUCAAGGAGCUGAGAUAGCUGUGCAAGAGAUUGAUGCUUUCCUAAAGACCUUACAGGAUCUCAAGCUAAGCAAUCCACGCGAGUUUCGUCAGCUCUUUGAGGAUCUCAUGACGCAAGAGACAAGAGGAACUGUGCAGCAGGUGCUGAAGCGAAUGGAGGAUGUUCAGAGUAUGUGUGAAAAAAGAAAAGAAAGCUUGCGCAAGAUGUUUGACAGCCGCUCACGCCCAGUCCAGCUUGUCAACCCAGCUCUGGUGGUCCCACCCCACAGCCCCUCACACCUAGAUGAAACAGAUGGAUUUCUGGAUCUGAAACGCAAGACGUCAGAUGAUGCAUCCAGAAAAAGCCACAGCUUUUUAGAGAAGUCUGCAAGGCUGCGGCCAGACAUUCGACACUCGCUACCAGCAAUUGUCCAUGACAACAUCAGCACCUCUGCUGGAAGCAGCAUUGCAGCAUCCGACAGUUCCACAUCCGACAUCCACAUGGGGUCAGAGGGCACACAGCGCACAUCUCUCUCUUCUCUUUCUUCAUUCCCUGAGUCCGAUUCCCUGCAGGCCAAGAGCAGACAUGUGAUGAAUGAGCUGAUUGAUACAGAAAAAGUUUAUGUGGCUGAGCUGCAAGAAAUUUUGGAGGGAUACUAUAAUGAAAUGGACAACCGUGCGUCACAGCACCUCAUCCCAGAUGAGUUGGCUGGUCAGAAAAACAUCCUGUUUGGAAACUUGGUUCAGAUCUAUAAAUUCCACAAAGAUCAGUUUCUUCAAGAGUUGCAAGACUGUCGUGAUAUGCCAGCUAAAGUGGGCAAAUGUUUUGUUAAUAGGAAAGAAGAGUUCCAAAUGUACAGUAUUUACUGCCAGAACAAACCCAGAUCUGAGGCUCUGCGCAUGCGGGUUGGAGAUUCAAACCCAUUCUUCAAAGAGUGCCAGCAGCGGCUGGGUCACAAGCUGCCACUAGGUGCCUACUUGCUCAAGCCAGUCCAGCGUAUCACAAAGUACCAGCUACUUCUCAAGGAGAUGCUGCGUUUCACUGAUGAUGAUCGAGAGCUGAGAACACAGCUUCAAGAGGCCCUAGACACCAUGCUGUCUGUCCUGCGGUACCUUAAUGCCAGCAUGCACCAGGUGCACAUCAUUGGCUUCAAUGAGAAUCUUCCAGAUCAAGGAAAGCUUCUUAUGCAUGGAAGCUUCAGUGUGUGGAUGGAACAUAAGCAUGACCGUAUCCGUGAUCUGAGGUUCAAGGCCAUGCAGCGUCACCUUUUCCUGUAUGAACGGUCACUUCUGCUGUGCAAGAAGAAGGAAGAAAAUAAUGAGGAGCCUGUUUACACCUUCAAAAACAAAUUAAAGCUAUCCCAGGUGGGACUCACAGAGAAACUCAAGGGAGACAAGCGCAAGUUUGAGCUGUGGUCAAAGGGACGAGAGGAAGUGGUUAUCAUCCAGGCACCUACUAUGGAAGUCAAGGAAGUGUGGGUCAAAGAAAUCAAGCGAGUCCUCAUGAAUCAGUUUGAUCAGAUCAAAAGUCACCGCAAAACAUUCAUGCCAUUGUCUUAUGAUGGGUCAUCCUCCACUUCUCAGCUUUCCAGUGAUUCCUCAGAAUAUAGUUUGGACAACUGGCAGCCUCCUAUUCCAGCCAUAAACAACAAUAACAACAAUGUGUCAACGUUACCUGUUGGGCUGGAAAUGAUAUCUCCAGUCACUUCCCCUUGUAAUCCUAUGCCCUGUCACCCCUUACCACUUGCACAGGACAGCGGGGACACACCAGAAGAUGAGGAGGGAUGGUCAUCCGGGGAGUUUUCUAAUGAAGAAGAAAAUCCAGCUGAGAACUACAUUCCAAAUUACGAACCAUCAUAUCGGCAACAGUUUGUGUCACUGGGUGAUUAUGUGGCCGUAGAUGGGACAGAACUCUCGCUCAAGGAAGGUGAAGUGUUGGAGAUACUUCGAGUAGGAAAUAACGGUUGGUGGUAUGCCCAUUCACUGACCACAGAAACUGAGGGAUGGGUGCCGUCCACAUACUUGGAUCCAGUACCUACACAGCACCUGUCAACACAUUCUAGCUCAGGAAUGAUUUGUAACAAGUGAUUCCCUGAGCACACCUGGGAAACGAGAGAUGUCUCUGUCCCGUUCUAGCCUCAGCAGUCCAUUCGGGAUGGCAAGCCCUGUGUCUGAGACCACAGUCUAAUGCCAGACUUGCACAAGACUUGCAGUGUAGUGCCAACCUUUGAAUAAGACAUGCUUCUGUAGACACUGGGUGCCAUGACUGAAAGCGUUAUCAUGUUAACCUGCUUGCUUGGACAAGAUAUGUUGGUGAUUCCCAUCUUGAAGCCUUCUCAUUACAUCCAAAUAGUACUACCACAGGAAGAUUCACUUCAAACACUUGAGUUCAGAGAACUGUAGCAGAUGUGUAGUUUAUUUUGUUGUUUUGAAAGCAAAGCAUCCAUCAGAAGCCAUUAGUCUGUGCCUGUUGUUCCUUUUAUUGGUGAUGUUUACCAAGACUGGAGGUCAAGCAAAGAGACAUGUUUUCUGUUAUUGGGGAAACUGAUGACAGAUUUGCUGAUGAUUUUAUUUCUUUCUUUUGUUUUAUAAACAAAUUCCAGAAGACUGGAAAGAAGGACAAAGAGCAUCAGUAACUUUUACCAGAUUCACUGCCUCGGGAACUUGGAAGUAGUGCUUAUCAAGUGACUCAUCAGAUGUAAAUGUAGAAGUACAUCAUCAUAAUCUAUUUAACAGAGAUGGUGUUCAGGAGGGCCAGGGUCAUACAUAUGGAGAGAUACGUGCAGAGGUGUCAGGUGGAUUAUGUGACCUUAUGUUUUUAUAUAUAUAUAUAGUGUUAUUUAAAGAACACACCAAGCAAGUGUGUGUGUGGUAGAGAAAGCCGUAUGCAUGUGUUCAUAAUAUUUGAUGAUGUAUUUGAAGAAGUUUGUGUUUAUUAUACUUGAACUCGUCUGCAUGUGCCUGCAAAACUACAUAGGAAAAUCAGUCUUCUGCCUAAGGCAGGGGUGGGCAAUUAAUUUUCCCAAGGGGCCGCAUGAGAAAUUGGGAUGGUUUUAGAGGGCCGGACUAAUAUAGUUAACUCAGUUUUACCCAAUACUGUGUAUAUAGUAUAUAUACUGGCGGGCGGGCCAGCGGGCGGGCCGGUCAGAGACAGGAGGCGGGCCGGCCUUUGCCCAGGUCUGGCCUAAGGGUAUCAGUAGUAAUCUGUAUUUCACAAAAUUUCAUUUUUAAAAGAGAAAUUUUCCAUCCUUGGAUCAGUCUAAUUCAGAGGCCUGAUAAACUCAAGUAUGUUUUAGUGGGAAUGUAAUGGCUGAUGAAUUAGGCCUACUGCUGAUAAUGUUCCCCUAUUGUAAUAGCACUCUUACUUCCACACCCAUUUCUUCCCAUGUAUAACACUUUGUUAGUGUUCUUUGCUGUUGUUAGUAUUCUAUAUGGUCAAAUUCCAGAGAAGCUGAGGGUGUUGUCUGAAAUUGUGAUGUCUAGAAUCUCAUCAGUAUGCAAACCCUUUACUUAACAAUGGUGGCCAUUAUUUGCUUUAGCAGAUUUACUUUUAAGACAGCAAUUAGGAUGUGGAUUAUCCAAGAGUUGCAUCCUUCUUUUCAAAGACUGUACCUGGGUCAGAGUUAGGAUUAGACUACUUACCUGUGUGCUUCAUUCAGUGAAGGCCUAACAGAUUUCUUCUUGUUUGUAUAAAGCAGUUUCCAAGUAGUUAAGAGGUGGUUUUCCAAGAGACAUGUACACUGAACUCUGAAGCACUAGGGAAUGCUGCAAGUAAAAGAAGGCAAACUGUUGCUGAAUACUUAUGUUAGCAUAGACCACCCUGCAGGUCAGACCUAAUGUGAUGUAGAUGUUAACUGCAAAAUGUUUAUCACAGAUUUUUGUUAUUUUGCUGGAUGACAAAGCAGAUCCAGAUGUUUGCCGGUGACAAGUUUACAUAAACCAUGUUUUAGUGUC